UCCAGGACCCCCCCACUCGUUUGGAUCCGGACUUGUGAUUGGUGGAGCCGGGUGUGUGUGUCGUCAUAGUCAUUCAUCAGGGCGUUGUGCUCCAGUCCCUCAUUCCAAACUCCGCUCGACAAAAAAUUGGAAGAAUUCUCGUUUCUUUUGCGUCUUUUCCUCAUUUGUCUCCUCAGGUUCUCCUCAGGUUCUCCUGGUUCUCCUGGUUCUCCUCGUUCCCACGUCGGGCUGAUCCUCCGGUCCGGUAGCAGAAGAAGAGUCUCUGCUGGAAGCGUUGCGCUCUUUGUUCAUUCAUCUGAUCGCUCGGGUUCCUUUGUUGCACCAACAAGCAUAAGCAUAAGCAUGGGAGCACAGGCGUCCAGAGCCGCAGGAGAGCAGGAGACAACCGCAGGAGACCAGGAGACAACCGGGAAGUCCGCCGGACAGGAGAAUGGCCACGCCAAGACCAAUGGGGAUACCUCUCCAGCUACAGAGGAGGCCAACAAAGCUGAUGUGCAGGCCAACGGUAGCACUCCUACUGAGGAGGCGCCAAAAGAUGAAGGCGAGAAAGUAGAGGUUGCUGAGGCCAAUGGCGAGAAGGAGCCUGCCGCUACAAACGGAGAGGCCUCUGCCAAGCCCGAGGAAGGCACUCCAUCCACCAGCGAGGACGGCAAGCAAAAGAAGAAGCGUUUCUCCUUCAAGAAACCCUCCUUCAAGCUCAGCGGCUUCUCAUUUAAGAAGACCAAGAAAGAGUCUGAGGAGGGAACCGAGGAAGAAGCAGCAGAGCCGGCCGAAGGAGAGAAAGCGGCAGCAGAGGAGGCGGCAGCCGGCGAGGAGGCCAAACCAGCUGAGGCCGCUGAAGAGGGAGCCAAGGAGGCUGAAGCUGAGAAGCCAAAGGCUGAGGAGGAGGUGAAGGCAGAGGAACCAGCAGCAGCAGCAGAAGGUGGAGAGGAGAAACCAGCCGAGGCUUCACCUGCUGAGCCAGAGACGGCCGCCAGUCCAGAGGCCGCCGCCGCCGCUGAGUAAUCCUGCUGAGCCAGACACCGGAACGAAGGAGGAGCACGUCUGAAGGAAUGCGAGGACUUGUCUAAAACCAGGGAUUUUUUUUGUUUCUUUUUUUUGUUGGUGUUUGUUUACUAUUCUGCAACCAUCUCAUCCAUAAUGACUGCAAGAUCCUUGGCAGUGAUGGACAGGAGGUGUACUGGAAAGUGUGCUGCUUCCUCACUGCCCAUCGGUGCUUGCAUGUGUGACAUUGGCUGAGUGUGAAAGUAUGAAUGAGAGUGUGAAUGUUUUUUUUCUCUACAUGAAACCAUGACUGUGUUGACACGUUGCUGAAUUUGACAUAUUUUAUCAAAGUAUUUGGUGCUGGGCAAUUGGAUGUAGCAGCUAAAGCUGUGUCUGCAAGAUUUGACACAUUGUGAUAUUUAAAGGGAAAAAAAGUCCUAAACCAAGUCGUAAAUGUUGUCUUUGCAGUGCACAGUUGUUUACAACUCUUAAACUCAAACGCUCCUGUGGACACAAGCAUUCCUUAAUGAAGUAGAUUUAGUUAACUGUCAAAGCAGUAGGUGCUCAUCACUCCCCAUUAGAUUCCACCAUUUCAAAACUCUGUAGUAAUGCACGUUGUAUAGACUUUGAUAUUACUGGUUUUAUGACUGAGAUGUACCUAAAUGACUGAAGUUUUUAACAGAUUACCCAUUGUAAAUGAAGUUUUUCUUGUUUUUCACCAUUUGUAAGAUUGAAUAAAAUUGGGAGAUGUUUUAAGCAAAUUUUGCAUCAAGCUGUGAUUACGCCACUUGAAAAUCGACUUCAGAAAGCACACAAAUUUGGGGUUUUGGGUGAAAUAUUUGAACGGCAUCUUUUUUUGUAUAUAAUGAGGCUUCAAUUUAUUCAACGUGGAAUGUCACAUUGCCUACAAACUGGUUAUAGGUGUUCAGUUUAAUUUCCUGUGAGCACUGAUGAAGAAUAAAGGAAUUA